GUCACUAUACUCUCUGCUUUGGUGCUCUGUCACCAUGAGUGUCCAGAGCGUCUUGCUCACACUGCCACUUUGUUUUUGCAUGUUUUCUCCGUCUCUCGCUCCUCAUCCAAGCUCCGCAAAGAAGUCAGGCUGCUUCAAAGUCAACAACUGCCAAUGCAUCAUGAAGGAUGGGAGUGGGGUGAUAAACCUGAACGCAAUGGGGGACGCAGACGGUUUCCUGGGGCAACUGAAGCCUUUGUCGGGUGAGAACAUCCCCGUCGACACUGAGAUCCUCCUGUCGUUCAGCCCCUGUCAGCCCUUCUCACAGCCAGAGGACCUGACAGGAGAGGACUGUGCCAACACUGCUGCAUGUCUCAUCAUCAGGUAUCAAAGGCUCAACACAUACAUUAACCGCUGUAUUGGCUAUGGAAGACAUGAAGGGAAUGAAUUCCACUACAAUGACACCCUGAAGAUGCUCUCUGUUUCAUACUUUGCUGAUGAGAAGCAGCCACUGACGGUGGUGCAUUACCACUGUAAUCCAAAUCAGUCCACUUCCUUUAUCCGGGACCAGAGGCUCAGCACUGAGGAGCCCCUGCAGAUCUGGGUGGAAAGCCCCUGUGCUUGUCCGAAUGCCUGUACCAUGGGGGAUCUGGGUUUAGGCACCAUCUUCCUCAUCAUCCUCUCCCUCAGUGCUGCUGCAUACUUUAUCCUUGGCUCCUGUGCACUGAGGCCUUUUCGGAGCAGCAGCGGAGUCCAGAUCUCUCCGGAGCACAGUGUGUGGUGUAUGAUCUGCUACCUCUGUACUGAGAGAGGCUCUGAAACAAGACGCUACGCAGACACGACACGCUGUGAACGAUAAGCUCCACACCUCUGAAAUAAUGCAGGACGUCUACACAGGCCAGGUUUCUUGACCGGAAGCUGUCAUGUCCCCUGGAGGGAAAAGAGCAUGGAUUGAUUUUACAGUUUGCUGAAAGUGACAGACUCACACUCUGUCAUUUUGUUCAUAUAGUAUUGUAAACUACUGUAAAUGAUGUGCAUGUAUUUUCCACGUGAUCACAGCAAUUAACAUUUGCAAAUGAUUCUCCUUUGAUUACCAGUUUUGUCUUGAGUGUUUAGUCAUUUAAAACAUUCCCCUGUUUUCCUUACAGUGUGAAUCACCCUCUGAAACGUUAGUGUUAGUGUGUGUAGCCUCGUUUCUUUUUGCUGACGGUUGAUUAUUUUGUCCCUGCCUUUCAGACAGCCACUGAUGAGAGAGUUGGGACAAACCAUUACGAUUACAGGGAUUUAUUGUCAGAUACUGGAAGUUGUUCAUUGUGUGUUUUAAAUAAAUGUAUCUCUUUGG